AUGGAGGCUACCAAUUCUUCCUCAGCAGCCGCUGCGCCUCCUCUACCCACCUUAUUGUCUGCCGCUCCACCCAGUCUGGAGGGUCCUGACAUGCCUACAUCUAAAACCAAGGGCAGGUCUACGAACAAGACCUCCAAGAGGGCAGACAAACAAGCCAGCCGGAGACAUCAGGCCCUUGAAAAGGAAUUUUCUAGAGCACAAAAGGCAGCUAGAUUAGAUCUCCCCCAAACUGAGGGAUUAACAUACACUCUACCCUUGGGACCUCCCGCCUUUUCCCCGAGGGGAUGGACUAUGGGAGAACUCUCUCAUUCCCCCGUACCUCCUGAUCCGCGGUCACAUUACGGCCCCCCAGAGGCAACCUUCACCCCUACAGCUGCAGGCCUCCGACCUACGGAGUCUGUCCCCAUGCCUUCGGAGGAUCGCCUGGCCUUCUUGAUUGCACAAGCAGUUGAUAGCGCCUUGAACGCCAGGGCGAUUCCGCCUAGACCUCCGAUUGCGAAUCCCAUCCCUACACAAGGUCAGGCUGGGGAGACUUAUGAAGCACCUUCCUCACCAUCAGAAUCCUCGUACUCAGAGGGUCUAUCCCUCCAGGACCAGGGCACUGACCAAGGGUUUCCAAUGUCUGAGGAGGAGGAGACUUCCCCUGAUGCUCCGACAUUCAGUGGCAUGUUUAAUCCUUCUGCUUUCGUCACCCUGCUCCGGAAGGUCGCAUCCACAGCCCACCGGGGAUCUGAGCCUCCUUCAAUGGCGGCCACUGUUUCCCUGGAUCCGGAGUUGGAUCCCAAUUUUACUGAGCCAGUGGCGGCUCAACAUCGCAUCCCAUGCCCUCCCAUGUUCAUGACCGCUAUACAAAAACAAUGGGCUUCCCCAGCUUCCCUCCCUCUGCCUAGUACCAAUGACAAGAGACUUUAUAAUGUGGCUAAGGAGCUGGAAGAGGCUUUAGAGGUACCUGCAGUCGAUGAACCUCUCGGUCCCCUGGUUUCAUCCACCGCCAUACCCAGAGAUGUCUCUGAAGCCCUCAAAGCGGAGGACCGUAAGUCCGAACUCGCUUAUCGUAAGACCCAUCAGGCGGCGGCUUGGGCGAUUAGAGCGGCUUCCUCCGCUUCAUUCUUUAAUAGAUCCGCCCAUCGCUGGCUCAAACAGCUUCAGGCCCGGACCCCAGCUGAGGAUGUCCGCUCUCACCAAGACCUUAGUAAAAUGAUAGCGGCCAUUGAAUAUGCAUCAGAUGCAUCUCUCCAAGCCACCAGGUUUGCUUCCAAGGCUAUGGCAUCCAGCGUAACGGGGCGGCGUAUGCUUUGGCUGAAGCAUUGGCGUGCCGACGUCAAAUCAAAGUGGCGCCUGUCAUCGGCCCCAUACCAAGGAGGCAAACUGUUUGGUGGGGCCUUAGAACCGUACCUUACUGAAAAUAAGGACAAGCGCAAGGUCCUCAACCACAUUCUGAACAAGUUGGAGAAACGUAAGACCUUUUAUCCCCGCAAACAGUCCUUUCGGCCUAACAACAGGUACACUUACAACCAGUCCUUCCAGCCUUUUCGCCCUUUUCCGGCCAGGCAGGACAGGCAGGACAGACAAUACGACGCACAAACGGCUAAACCCAGGCAACAAUUUCAGGGAACGCCGGGACAACCUGAGGAACUCAGUCCUCCAGGUACGCAGGGGAUGCACAGCGUCCUUGCUCACUCUCUCCAAAUUAUUGGGUCAAAUGAUAUCGACCAUAGCCAUUGUUCCGUGGUCCAGACUCCACUCCAGGGAACUACAGCGGUUCCUGUUACCCUUUCAGAGGCAGAACCUCAGUGCCUCCAAUCAAAGGUGGCAAUUACGUCGGCUCGGCGUAUCUCCGAGCUGGCAGCGCUCUCGGUCCGCAAGGACCUGUGUUUUUUCCGCCCAGACAGGGUGAUCCUUCGCCUCGAUCCCAUCUUCAUACCGAAGGAAAGGAGGGAUACCAAAUGUGCAAAGAAUGGCAUUUCCUACUCGGGGAAAUUGGCUGUCCUCAACACUGAGUUGAAAAAUGUAUUAAAAAUUCAAUUUUUCAUUACCCUUUUCUAUUGUCUUUGUCUUGCAUUGUUUAGGUUUGAAAAGGGACGGAUCUACACAUUCAUUGGGGAAGUAGUUGUUUCUGUAAAUCCUUACAAGAAUUUGAAUAUCUACAGCCGUGAUACAAUUGAACAAUAUAAAGGGCGGGAGUUGUAUGAGAGGCCACCUCAUCUCUUUGCCAUCGCAGAUGCUGCAUAUAAAGCUAUGAAGAGGCGAUCAAAGGACACAUGCAUUGUAAUAUCAGGGGAAAGCGGAGCAGGUAAAACAGAAGCAAGUAAAUACAUUAUGCAGUACAUAGCUGCCAUUACUAAUCCAAGUCAGAGGGCUGAAGUUGAAAGGGUGAAGAACAUGCUGCUGAAAUCCAACUGUGUUCUGGAAGCUUUUGGCAAUGCGAAAACUAACCGUAAUGACAACUCCAGCCGCUUUGGAAAAUAUAUGGAUAUCAAUUUUGAUUUUAAAGGAGACCCCAUAGGUGGACAUAUCAAUAAUUACUUGCUGGAAAAGUCCCGGGUGAUUGUGCAGCAACCAGGAGAGAGAAACUUUCACUCCUUCUACCAGCUUCUUCAAGGAGGCUCUGAGCAGCUUCUGCGAUCUUUGUAUCUGCAUAAAGAUUUAUCUGCAUAUAGCUAUGUUAGUGUUGGAGCACAACCAAAGUGUGCCAUUAAUGACAGUGCAGAUUUCAAAGCUGUUGCUGAUGCAAUGAAAGUGAUUGGGUUUAGACCGGAAGAGGUUCAAACAGUGUACAAAAUCCUUGCUGCCAUUCUGCAUUUGGGCAACUUGAAAUUUUCUGUGGAUGGGGAAACACCAGUGAUUGAAAAUGGCAAGCUAGUAUCUGUUGUUGCCGAUCUGCUCUCAACUAAAGCUGAUAUGGUAGAGAAGGCCCUGCUUUUUCGAACUGUAGCUACUGGUCGUGAUAUCAUUGAUAAGCAACACACAGAGCAAGAAGCCACUUAUGGCAAAAAUGCAUUUGCAAAGGCAAUAUAUGAGCGCCUUUUCUGCUGGAUCGUGAUGCACAUCAAUGAUGAGAUUGCAGUGAAAGACCACAACAGCGCUGUUCACGGCAGAAACACAGUGAUCGGAGUUCUUGAUAUCUACGGCUUUGAGAUCUUUGACAAUAACAGUUUUGAACAGUUCUGCAUUAACUACUGCAAUGAGAAGCUGCAACAGCUCUUCAUUCAACUUGUUUUGAGGCAAGAACAGGAAGAAUAUCAGCGAGAGGGGAUUCCUUGGAAACAUAUUGACUACUUCAACAACCAGAUUAUUGUUGAUCUUGUGGAGCAGCAACAUAAGGGAAUUAUAGCCAAUUUGGAUGAUGCGUGCAUGAAUGUUGGAAAAGUCACAGAUGAAAUAUUCUUGGAGGUUCUUAAUAAGAAGUUGGGCAAGCAUGCUCACUUUUCCAGCAGAAAGCUUUGUGCUAUGGAUAAAAACCUGGAAUUUGAUAGAGACUUUCGGAUUAAACAUUAUGCUGGAGAUGUUAUUUAUUCAGUCACAGGAUUCAUUGAUAAAAAUAAGGACACUUUAUUUCAAGACUUCAAGCGUUUGAUGUAUAACAGCUCCAACCCUGUGCUGAAAAAGAUGUGGCCAGAAGGCAAACUGAGUAUAACAGAAGUGACCAAGCGGCCACUGACUGCUGCUGCACUUUUUAAGAACUCAAUGAUUGCCUUAGUGGACAACUUGGCAUCCAAGGAACCAUACUAUGUCCGUUGCAUUAAACCCAAUGACAAGAAGUCACCACAGCUGUUUGAUGAAGAACGAUGCAAGCAUCAAGUUGAAUAUCUUGGACUUUUGGAAAAUGUAAGAGUACGGCGGGCAGGAUAUGCCUAUCGCCAAACGUACGAAAAAUUUCUUCACAGGUACAAAAUAAUUCCUGAAUUUACUUGGCCAAAUCACAAACUACCAUCUGACAAGGAGGCUGUGAAGAAAUUGAUUGAGCACUGUGGGUUUCAGGAUGAUGUGGCAUAUGGAAAGACAAAGAUUUUUAUUCGCACACCACGAACACUCUUCACGUUGGAAGAAAUGCAUGCCAAGAUGCUUGAAUGGGUGGUUCUCUUUCUACAAAAGGUUUGGAGAGGUACAUUAGCUCGACUCCAAUACAAGAGGACCCGAGCUGCCCUCAAGAUUUUAAAAUGUUACCGUCGAUACAAAGUGAAGUCUUAUAUCUGUGAGGUUGCCCGACGAUUUCAAAAUGUGAAGUCUAUGAAAGGUUAUGGGAAGCAUGUGAAAUGGCCUAAUCCUCCAAAGGUUUUGCGACGGUUUGAAGAAGCUCUACAUGCAAUCUAUUACAGAUGGAGAGCACAUGAACUAAUUAAAAGUAUCCCACCCAAAGAUUUGCCACAAAUCAAGGCAAAAGUGGCAGCAUUGGAGUUGCUUAAGGGCCAUCGAGGGGAUAUUGGAUUGCAAAGGGUCUGGCAGGGCAACUACCUUGCAUUGAAUCCUGGUAAUUCUCAGGCUACAGGUUCAUUCACCUCUGUUACUUCUGAGUUGCAACGCAAGGACAAGUUCAUGAAGAUUCUUUUCUCAUCUCAAGUUCGUAAGAUAAACCGCUUCAAUAAGGUAGAAAAUCGAGCAAUUUUUAUAACUGACAGGCAUCUUUAUAAGAUGGACCCUGUAAAGCACUACAAAGUGAUGAAAACUAUCCCAUUGUAUAAUCUAACAGGACUGAGUGUCUCUAAUGGAAAGGAUCAGCUUGUGGUUUUCCACACAAAAGACAACAACGAUCUAAUUGUUUGCCUUGUCAGUAUGCAUUCACUUAAUGAGAACAGAAUUGGGGAGCUGGUUGGAGUCGUGGCAAAUCACUUCAAAAGGUAAGAGGAAUAUGCACCUCUGAAUCUGAAACAAAUAUGAAAGUAAAAACUAAGCCAAUUGAUGA